UUGUAAUUUAAAAGAAAGAAAGAAAGAAAGAAAGUCAACCUUGUGGGUGAAUUGUUCCCGUAUUGGCAACCUUGAUAGUCAUAGUGGGGCACCUACUGUUUUUUAUUAGCAGCCAUCCACACGGGAUGCAUUUCGUGAAACUACACUGACCAAUCACGCAGCAAGCACGCGCUGACGUCACACCACGAGGCUCCGCCCUUGCCAAAGACGCAUGACUUGUCUGUCAGUGCCUCGAACAAGGGAGACUGUACACUGUCAGUCAAUAAGGAAACACCGGCUCGGUAAAUGGCGAAGACCUACGAUUACCUCUUCAAACUCUUGCUAAUAGGAGACAGUGGAGUGGGAAAAACAUGUCUGCUGUUCAGAUUCAGCGAGGACGCGUUUAACACCACCUUCAUCUCCACAAUCGGAAUUGAUUUCAAAAUCAGAACUGUUGAGCUGAAUGGGAAGAAAAUCAAGCUGCAGAUAUGGGACACAGCAGGACAGGAAAGAUUUAGGACGAUCACCACGGCGUACUACAGAGGCGCUAUGGGCAUUAUGUUGGUAUAUGACAUCACCAGUGAAAAGUCAUUUGAGAACAUUAAAAACUGGAUCCGUAACAUUGAGGAGCAUGCAUCGUCUGACGUAGAGAAGAUGAUCCUCGGAAACAAAUGUGACAUGAACGACAGGAGACAGGUGUCCAAAGAGAGAGGAGAGAAAUUGGCAAUUGAUUACGGGAUCAAGUUUUUGGAAACAAGUGCAAAAACCAGCGUAAAUGUCGAAGAGGCCUUUUUCACCCUUGCUAGAGACAUUAUGGCUCGACUUAGCAGAAAAAUGAAUGAAGGUGGUCAAGGAGAUCGUGGAGGGCCGGUGAAGAUCUCAGAGAAGCGCUCGAAAAAGCACAGCAUCUUUAAGUGUGCUCUUCUGUAACACUUUUACGGCAAGUGUAUACAGUACGUUCACUCGCUGUGUGUCUGCAGCAGCCAGAAAUGCUCUGCUGGUAUAAGAUAUCACACGAGCACCUGCAAAGAGCUGGACUAUCAGGCUUAAGAACAGAUGAAGGUUCUUCUUUCCAAGCCCUUAAAGUCAAGAUGGAACAGAGGAACGAUGCAGUUUUGAGAGAUUUAGUCAGUUCACUCAGUGGUAGAGUCACAAUGGGAAACGUUUCCAUUGUUGUGUGGUGAUAAUCGUGAUGAUUGUGUCAAAAGAUGAUGGAUCAAAUACAAAUGUUUUUUUUUUUGUGUGUGUUAUUGUAAAAUAUUCUUAUAUGGACACAGCACGUGCUGUCUUAAAACAUUUGCUGCUGAAGGCUUAGAUGUAUCAUGUACAGUAUUUCUGAAUUAGUCAGUGAAUCUGCCUUGUUGUAAUAUGUGUCUUUUAUACAGUAUACACACUGUGUUCUUGCACUGGUUAAAAAAAUUUAAUAGAGAAAAUCUGUAAAAGGCCAUUUUUAUGACCCCAGUGGGUUAAAAGCACUUGUGUUUUCAAUGAGCCCUCCUCACAGGCACGUCCAUGUAUAGCACAGACGGACAUCCAUCCAUCUGCAGGAAGGUUUCAAAGAACGAACAUGAUUGCUGUAGAGCAAGAUGGGUGAAGGAACAUCUUCAGGUCCGGUAUCAAAGGGAACACGUCUUACUUGCCAAAAUCACAGUCACCCAUAGAAGAUGUGUGUCCUGACAAAGCUAAACCUGUGAAAUUGUUCCUGUGUUGUACUGUAGAAGUAUAGCGUAUAUAUUCUAAUUCAGUCUAGCACUUAUUUGUGACAAUUUGUGACCUUUUUUGAAUAUGAAAAUGAUCAUUAACUAUUUAAUUAGCAUUUAAAUUGAUGUUUUAAUUUGAAAACAGUCUGCUUGGCCAUGUGAAAUCAAGUAUAGAGACUAGCGUCUUGUGUCAGUGCUACAGUAUGUUUUGUAUUUUGUAAAACAGGAUAGCCACUAACGCAUGUUUAUAAAAACUUAUUAACGAAAACUGACCUUUCCUAUUCCAACUUGAUAUUUUUAAUUUGAGCUCUUUUUCAUUUUUUAUUCAAUGACAUCCAGUGCAUACGGUUACAUACUCAAUGUACAAGCAACCAUUAUUUACUGUUUACAAUCUUUCACCAUAGGCUCUUAAAAGAAACACACUGUUGCCAAAAAGUGGUAUUUUGUGCUUUUAAAAAUUUUAUUUUAUUUAAUUCUUUGCUUGUAAUGUGAUUGUCUAGUUGUUUUAGUCAAAGAUUGCAGGGUGAAUGCAACUGGUUAAUUCAGCAUGCGUGAGACAUUUUCGGUCUACUGUUUAAACUGCACUAAUAGUUGUAUCAGAAGAAGUAGCAUAGAUUACAGCAAUAAAACGUCCCCAUUUGGGAAUUGUCUCCUCUGACUACUUGUGCUGAUGUUGGGGACCUUAAUGCCUUGUUACUGGAUCUACUGUAUUAAUCUGAGUUGGACUGUUUGAAUCUUCAAAAUACAUUUUUGGCGAUUGUCAUUUCACUUUGACAAAUGUAGCAUACCAUGACCACCGAUAUUCAGAUGGGACCAUUGCUAUGCAUGUAUUUUCUUUCAUAUUUGUGAUUGUAUGACCGAAGUUUUAAGAGGUGACACUGUGUAAUUGGACUAUAUAAUGCGACCUGUUUGCUGAAAAUCUACAGUAUGCUUAUUUAAACGUUGAAACCUUAACAAAGAAAAUGUGAACAAGAAUUUGAAGUGUGGUUUUAUUAACUGUAGACUUUUAUACUACAUAUAACCAAAGUAAAUACUGUAUAAACUU